UGCACUGGGUUUCCAACCUGUCAGUACUGUCAGAGAAGCCUCUGCUGCAGGCACUUGUGUUUUUGUGUCAUGUUAUGGCUGGAGUAACUGCCAAACUUUUCAUGCUCUGCUUUAUCAUUGUGGUACUCAUCUUGCCGAGGGCUUACUCUGAAGAUGUUGAGAGCAGUAUGACACCCUCAUUUUAUGGAUCAACUAGUGCUGAAAAUUUCACUCCAACCGAGACAGUGACAGAAAAGGAUGGAGAGCUGGAGACAGAGAGGACAGUUCAAGACAAUGGUUCAGAUGCCAAAGAAACUAUGCAGACUGCAAAUUUUGUGUAUCCUGUAGGGGUGGUUGUUGUUGGAGUUCAUCGUCCUUUCUAUCCUCCUUAUUUUUACCGACCUUUCUAUCCUCCACCUCCUCCCCUUCCCCCUCCCCCUCCGCCUCCUCCUCCUCCUCCUCCUCCACAUUUCUUUCAGCCAUGGAGGAGAUGUAGACUUGUGACUGUCCGGGCUAAUGGGCAGAAGAUCAAGUUGGAUAACAAUAAAUCUGGAUAG